ACAGCUUCUUAUAUUCUUUUGUGGUUAAUUUUUUUUUUUUUUUCAAAAUCCGUAUAAAUCGAAAAGAAAAGUAAAAAGUGUUAAUAAUCGUCAAAAAAUUAAUGAAAUAUUGAAUUGAGUUCGUACAUUCUAUGAGAACAAAAAAAUAUAUACAUAUAUGUAGAUAUAUAUAUAUAUAAUUUUUUAUUGCAAUAUGUGAAUAAACAUUAUCCUGUUGGCAUCUGGAGAAUCUUUGUAGGAAGCAAGUUAUAAAUAUCGGUACAAAACGCGGGUGUAGUUAUAUUGGAUUUGAAAGAAAGAACACGAUCGAUCGUCCGAAAACAUGGGAAUCAUAUUAUCCAGAUUUCGAGGAAAGAAAACAACUAUUGAAAUUUUAGAAGAUUUAGAUUCGAAAAUAAAAGAAAUACAGGAAUAUGGACAGAAUACUGAACAAAAGCACAAAAAAAUUGUUGGAACACUUGUCAUUUAUAGCGUUGUUCUUUAUAUUACAACAGCCUUCAUUUUCUAUUUUUACUUCUUCCCAGCCUCUUUAUAUGAUCAAAUAUUUUAUAUUACUCCAUUAUUAAUUUUUCCAAUUAUAAUACUGUUUACAAAAAAAAUGGUAUCGUGGUACUAUAAACGCAAAAUAUCUCGGAAUCAAGAAAAGUUGGUAACGAUGCAACAGGAGAAGAAUAAAAUUUUAGAUGAAGUUACAGAAACUGAAACAUAUAAAAAAGCCAAGGAGAUUUUAUUACGAUUUGCACCUGAUCAACUGAAAAUGACAUCAACAUCUGUUACAGUACCACAGACUGUAGAAAAACUACGACAGCCCGACGUAUCACGUACUAUUACAUUUUCAUCACCAGGUAUAGGAGAAAUAAGAAGAAGAACUCCUAAUCAGUCAUUCAAUGUUUCAAAGGAUAUCAAUGCUCAAACUUUAUCUGUUGAUGGAACUCCUAAUAAAACCACACAGUUAAAUACUCCUAUUCAAACUGGUUCUAAACGGCUUAAUAAUACACCUAUGUGCUACAGAUCACCUGAAUAUACAUUAGCACGCCCUGUAUUACCACACCACAGAAGCAAUUUUGAUCGUUUAAUUGAUUAUUUAGUGGGUGAUGGGCCAUCAAAUCGUUAUGCUUUAAUUUGUCGUCAGUGCGAAUGUCAUAAUGGAAUGGCUCUUAAAGAGGAAUUUGAAUAUUUAGGAUUUAGAUGUUGUUAUUGCAAUUUUUGGAAUCCUCCAAGAAAACAAAAACCAGGAGUCCAAAGAAUAGAGGAUGUUUUUUCUAACACUUCUCCAACUUCUGGAACACUUGCAAAUGAUUCAUCUGAUAAAAAUACAGAGACAUCAAAACAUUCUGAAGUAGAGGCAUCAUGUUUAUCUGAUACUGAUUCAGAUAUUGAAGUAGUUGAAAGACCAGCAGAAAUAUCUGAAAAUCAAGAGCAUAUUGAUGAUGAUUAUACUAAUUCCAAUAUAAAUAAAAAAGGAAUGCAAAACUCAGAAGAAAAAAAAUCCGAUGAAGAAAUGGAAGUUGAAGAUUGAUAUCUUAAGAAUUCAGUCGGCAUAGGUACUAUAUUACUGUUGAUAAUGACAUUAAUAAUACAGCGCAAUAUAUUAUAAUUGUGUUCUAUGUUCAGUAGUGGUCAAUUAUAUGAAGAUUUGAAAAGAAAUUAUUAAAUUUUCGACAGUUAAAAACAAUAUCA